AGUUAUCGUGCCUCGCCUUCCCAUUUGGCAGUCGUCUACCUUGCAUCACUCAGAACACUCGGUUCAGUUGAUUUCUCGCCGACCCGGCAGCCACCCGAGUUCGGGAACUGAAAACCCGGAACCAGAGGGCAAUAAUGGCCGAGAAUCACGUACCGACCAUUGGUGUCAUGUGCAUCGAUAUUGCCACGAAAUUGCAAGAGAGUUUUGGAGGAAACUAUCAUAGCUAUAUAGCUGCGUCGUACGUCAAAUAUUUGGAGGCAUCGGGCGCUCACGUAGUGCCUAUAUGGAUAGGCCGAGAUCGAGGCUAUUAUCAGAGGAUGCUGGGCCAGCUGAAUGGCAUCCUUUUUCCAGGAGGAGCAGUCUUCAUCGACGCGGACGACAUAAAAAAUCAUCCGAAUGUGACGAGUGAUUGUGUGGCCAGUGCUGAGAUCAUAUACCAACUGGUCUCGGAGCGAAAUCAUCUGGCAAGGAGACAGGACGACGCCGGUGGCUACUUCCCCCUCUGGGGCACCUGCCUGGGCUUCCAGCUCAUCCUGAUCCACGCCUGCCAGCUGCAAAAGGUGCGCAUCGACUGCGCAAAUAUGCGAACGGCAAUGCCGGUGCAUUUGACAGGGGAUUACAGGAACUCUCAGCUAUUUGGAAAACUUCCGGAAACCAUGGCAGAGAAAAUGGGAAAGGAGCCCUUUGCCUGCCACCAGCAUCGCUACUGCAUCACCAGAGAUAGCCUUGAGUCCUGCGAUUUGAACAACAACUGGCAUCCUUUGGCCACCCAAAAGGAUCCCUCAGGGCUGGAAUUUAUUACCAUCAUCGAGCACCGCCGAUUUCCCAUUUUCGGUUGCCAGUUUCACCCAGAGCGUGCUGCCUUCGAGCAGCUGUUUGCCUCCAAGGACCUCUGCCAAUUGGGACACUCCCAGUUGGCCAUUGAACUGGCCCAGAACAUGGCCACUCAGUUUGUGAACGCCUGUCGCCGGAACAAAAACCGAUUUUCCAGCGGCCAGGAGAAGGCAAAGCAUCUAAUCUGGAACUGGCAGCCUGCGUUCUGUGGCCACUUAAAGGACUCCAAUUGGCUCCAGUGCUACUUGUUCGAAAAGGACGUGGACUAUCCCAAAAUGUUUGGUUAAAUUACACAGAACUUCUGUGAUUAUUGAAAUAUAAUAAACUUAUAAUUAUAUUUUUCAAA